AUGCAAUGUCUCUCUCUCUCUCUCUCUCUCUCUCUCUCUCUCUCUUUUUCAAACACACAAACACAAUCUAGAUAUCCUAAAAACAACCCCUUUGCUGGUUUUGCAUAAACUCUCUCCUUUUCUUUCUUCUUAACUUGUAUGUAUAUUUAUAAGCUGCAGAAGCAGCUUCAAGCAUUAUUUUUACCAAUUAACAGUUUGCUUAGACUGUUUAAAGAUUGAGGUCAUAGCUAGUAACUAUGGCUAAGCAGGGCUCCUUGUCCAUAGCAAGUACUGCAGAAGAUCGUGUUGAAGCCAAGAUCACACCAAUUGUCAUCUUUUCAUGUGUACUGGCUGCUACUGGAGGCCUCAUGUUUGGUUAUGAGGUUGCCAUUUCUGGAGGUGUGACAGCCAUGCCAGAUUUCUUGAAAAAGUUCUACCCUGAUGUCUACGCUAGCACUCAGAAACUGAAUAUCAAUAGCAAUUAUUGCAAAUACAACAAUCAAAGCUUGCAAUUGUUCACAUCUUUGCUGUAUCUUGCUGCUCUGGUGGCAACCUUCUUCGCAUCAUACACUACCAAAAGGCUAGGUCGAAAGAAAACCAUGUUAAUUGCUGGGGUUUUCUUUAUAGUUGGUACAGUCCUAAACGCUGCGUUUAAUCACCUUUCCGUGGUCAUCCUGGGGAGGGUCUUGCUUGGUUGUGGAGUUGGUUUCGGCAAUCAGGUUGUCCCACUUUUCCUUUCGGAGAUAGCCCCAACAAGAAUACGUGGAGGACUCAACAUACUUUUCCAGCUUAAUGCAACCAUUGGAAUUCUUUUGGCAACCCUUGUCAAUUAUGGUGCUGCUAAAAUUAAAGGGGGAUGGGGUUGGAGGCUAUCACUGGGUCUGGCAGGUGUUCCUGCACUUAUGCUAACCUUGGGGUCCCUCAUUGUGGUAGACACUCCUAACAGUUUGAUACAACGCGGUAAGUUGGAUGAAGGAAGAUCAGUGCUUAAAAAGAUCAGGGGAACAGAAAAUAUUGAAACAGAGUUUGUGGAGAUAGUGGAGGCAAGUCGUGUAGCAGAAGAGAUAAAGCACCCCUUUAGGAAUCUCCUUGAGCGUAAAAAUCGCCCCCCACUGGUCAUUGCAAUAGCAAUGCAGAUCUUCCAGCAAUUCACAGGCAUCAAUGCAAUUUUUUUCUAUGCUCCCAUUUUGUUUGCAAGCAUGGGUUUUGGCAGCAAUGCCUCACUUUAUGCCGCAGUUAUAACAGGAGCUGUCAAUGUGCUUGCCACAAUUGUAUCUCUCUUCUUGGUUGACAAAGUUGGGCGUCGAAUGCUCUUAUUGGAAGCUGGCAUCCAAAUGUUGCUUUCUCAAAUAGUCGUUGCAAUAGUGCUAGCCGUGAAGGUAAAGGAUCAUUCUAAUAAUUUAUCCUUUGGUUUGGCAAUUCUUGUGGUGGUCAUGGUGUGCAUUUUCGUCUCUGCCUUCGCGUGGUCCUGGGGACCCAUCGGAUGGUUGAUACCUAGUGAGACAUUUCCACUGGAGGCUCGGUCAGCAGGGCAAAGUGUGACAGUUUGUGUCAACAUGCUCUUCUGUUUUGUUAUAGGACAAGUCUUCCUCUUAAUGCUUUGCAGCUUGAAGUAUGCCAUCUUCUUGUUCUUCGCUGCUUGGGUCUUGAUCAUGUCACUCUUUGUGCUACUUCUAAUUCCCGAGACCAAAAAUGUUCCUAUUGAAGAAAUGACUGAGAGAGUGUGGAAGAAACAUUGGUUUUGGAAGAGAUUUAUGGAUGACCACUAACUAAUAGUCCCAUUCUCGUUUGUGUUAUGUUUUAAUUCCCAUUAUCGUUUGUGUUUUGUUUUAAGUUUGUAAGCCUAGGUUCUUAUGAUGGGGCCCUGGUUUUCGUUGAGUAUGUCAAGUGGAUAACGUUCCAAUAUUUAAAUGGAUAUUUCAGAUGAAAAUUUCAUUUCA